AUGUCUUUUGGCUUCAGUGCAGGAGACUUCAUCAGCGUUGUCGACUUGUCCUGGAGAGCGUUCCGUGCCGUGAGGGACGCCCCCGAAAAGUUUGGGGUGCUUGAGGCCGACGUCUCCACCCUGAAUGUCCUCCUCCGGACUCUGCAAGACGAUGCCGAGAACCCCAACUCGCUCCUCAAUCGGCGGGGAGCCAGUCGGCGGGAGGCGCUGUUGCGAAUGGUCGCCACCAUUGAGAAGCAGAUGGAGGAACUCCGACGUCUGGUGGAGAAGUACCAGAGCCUAAGCUCGGCGAAGAAGAGAGUCUUCGACCGGUUCAUGUUUGCGCCCAAGGCCCUGGACAAGACGCGAGCGGCCAUUGUGAAUCACGUCCUCUACAUCAACACCUUCCGGCAAAGCAUUUCCCAAGAAUCGCUCUCGCGCAUCGAAAAGGUGUUGGAGGAUGGUGUACAGGUCCUGCGCGAGGGCAGACGUGCGCCGAGCAUCCUCUCCGUGCACCAGAAGAACGAUCAAUCGUCGUGGGAGGCGCUCAAGAAAGACCUCGCUGACGAGGGCAUUCCCUACGCCGAAAUCGAGAAGCACAAGGCCGCCAUCAAGGAUUACAUCGGGUUUCUGAUCAAGACGCAAAAUAUCGCGGAAGACCUUUCGGAUGACGACGACGAUGACAGCGCUCAGUGGGAUUCUAUCUCAGCACGAAUGGGGCAGAUGGUGGUAAGUGAGGACGACCAUGAGGAACCUGUAACAACUGGUCCGGAUCCCAAGAUCGCCCCCGGGUCGUCAGAAGCUCCUCUCAGUGCAGUCGAACAGGCAGUCGCGUUGUUUGACUUUGAGGGUCAGCAAAAGGGUGAUCUUUCGUUCAAAGCCGGCGACAUCAUCGAGAUUAUCUUGCGGACCGAGAGGCAGAAUGCAUGGUGGACAGGAAGCCUGGCGGGUAAACAAGGCCAGUUCCCUGGCAAUUACGUCAAGUUAGUUCCGAGAUCGAUCUCUUCUGGUUUACCCUCUCGGCUCAACGAGACACCCAAGCUAGGGCCAGGAGCCGAAGCCCGUCAGACGGGCACACCCUUUCUCGUGCUAGGUCUGCCAGGUGCCGUCUUUCAGUUCGUCGAGCGGGUGCGCCGAUUACCAGGAGGGUCGUGGUCGGCCCUAGAGGACUUUGGGUCGUGGGAGGCGUGGACGUUGGCCUUCAAUGGCCUCAACUUCACCUUCUACCACUAUCCCAAUCGUCGAGAUUCUGCGUCGGCCAUGCACCCGCCGGUGCCUUUCGUCGGCAUCGUCUUUGUGUGCAAUCUGCUCUCCCACGCGCGGCCACCACCGAGGCCCAAUGGUCCGAGGGCGCCCAAGCCGGGGACUGAGAUGCUCCAGACGCUCGAGUCUUUUGGGCAGAUGUGCCGGUCGCCAAGCCUCCCUCGGCGACCCAUCUUCCUGUUCCUCGACAGGGUGCAGGAAUUCAAACACCGGAUCGAGUCCGGCGAGGAACCGCUGGGUAAUGCUUGCUUUCCGGACUAUCAAGGGGGAGCGGACACCAACCGGGCGGCGAAAUACAUUCUGUGGCGCUUCACCUCGCAGCAUCCUAAGCGUGAGCUCUAUCCACAUCUCAUCGAGUCGAGCGACAAGGAAUGCAUGGCGGCCGUUUUCCCUCUGGUGCUGGAGCAUGCGAGUCGAACACCUGCGUCUGGUCCUACAGUUUGA